AUGUUUAAAUCAACGAGGUUGCUUAGCAACGAUCUCAUUGGUCAAUUAAAAUUUACCCAUCAUGCAUUUCUUCAUAAACAUACACACAGAACUAUGACAGACACUCAACAACCGUUGGCAACAAUCACUAAUCAACGCGACAAAACAACUAAUGGAACAAUUGAUACGAUUAACCCAAAAAGUCCGUUAGAAUUUACAUGGACAUUUUGGUAUAUCAAACCAGAUAAAAGAUCUAGCUGGGAACAAUCGUUGAUUAAUUUGAUCGAUAUCAGUUUUGUGGAAGAUUUCUGGGCAACGUACAAUCAUUUAGCAACACCAUCACGACUUUCACAGAGUAAAUCUAAUUCGGAUUAUUAUUUUUUUAAGAAAGGAAUUCGUCCAAUGUGGGAGGAUAAAGCCAAUGCAAAAGGUGGCCGUUGGUUAUUAACGUGCGGAGGUCAAGAUACUAAACUCGAUGAAUUAUGGCUUGAAACGUUACUUGGAAUGAUUGGUGAUUGUUUUUCUCAUGAUAGUGAUCCUGAACCAUUAAGUAAAUAUAUCACUGGAUGUGUUGUUGCUAUUCGUACACGUGGCCAUAAGAUAGCACUUUGGUUAUCUGAAGCACAUAAUGGAACGAUCGUCCGAGAAAUCGGUCGUCGAUGGCGAUCGAUCAUUAACUUACCAUCCAAUGUUCGAAUACAGUUUGAUAUGCACAAUGAAACUACGAAUGGCUCUCAACGCCCCAUGUAUGAAGAAUAG